UGAUGAUGUGUAACAUGGAAAGAAGGUAAUGCAUAGUUGACAUUAAUUUUCAUUAAUGUUAUUUUUUGUCCCUUUUUCAGAGAGACUCGUCAGAUAUUCCAGAUUCUUCAGAUACUACUGGUUUUCAUCUUGUCAGGUUCUGCAGUGCUUUCAUCGGGGGAAGUUUUAAACAUGCCACGAAAAGGGAAGAGAUCUCAGGCUCAGAAAUUGCGCUGGAAAAAGAUAGACCUUCAAGAUGUAAAUACCAGCCUUUCCUGCAUUAAAGAGGUUGAACAAACGAGUACCAGUGCUGCUGUAGGCCAGUCUCCUGUUAGACAAUAUGAGGAAAGUGGGGGUAAUGAACCCAAAGUUGUGUCAGUCCGGGCGUCUCAUUCUCAGGCUGAUGUUCGAUAUGAUGAAUUCUCAAGGAAUCACCAGUGUACCUGUGUGUCACUGACAUUCUUGGCCAGUCACAGUGCAGGGCAUCAGUUUAAGAUGUCGGAUCUUGACAGAGUUUUAGAGGAAGGGGAUGCCUUGUAUGUCAGCGUUAAAAUGCAGCUCAUCGCUGAAAACAGAUUCAGUCAUGACUAUCUGUCCAUGGAGGAAGUACCUUUUGGACUUUCAACAUUUAACCAAACAUACAAUGUUCAGAAGUCGGAAGUCAAGGUUGGAUUUUUUCGAGCCAAAGGUUCCCCUGACACGGAAGAAUGGUUUUUGCCUCUUCCUGAAAGACUGCAGUGUCUCGCAGUGGAUGUCACGCAUGCACUUUUAAUAGUUUCUUCAGAAUGCAUUGCGGUGUUUAGAGAUGGAUCAGGCAGAUAUGGAUUCUUUGAUCCACAUUCAAGGACAUUUGAAGGAGAAGAGGCCCUGGCUGGUGGUGGAACAGCUGUCAUGUUAACUUUUACUCGCCUAAGUGACAUGACUGAACAAAUUCUUAAGCUCUUCAACCAUUGCCGUGAUGACCAAUCCUAUGAAUUCAUGUCUGUGUCUUUUGAAAUGGAGCAACAGGCAGGCCAGCAGCCUUCACCAUCAGCUCGUGAACCAAUUUCAGAAGUAAUCUCAGUUCUACCAGAACCAGAUGAAAAUGCAGCUGUUCCCAGAGGAGCUGAAAGCCGCCAACCCAUGGUAGCCAGAGUAAAUAAGGCACGGAGAAGAAAAGAAUUGCGUAAAGCAAUCGAUAAUUUAAAAUCCAAGGACACAGCUAAAUCUUAUGUGAACCGAAAACACAAACAAAGAGAUGAUGAGAGGGGCCAGUAUUCCGCCUGUUUGCAGUAUCGGACAAAUAAAAAAGAAGCUCUUAAGCAAAAGUAUGGUCAGGAUGCUCUCAUUAGAAACAAAAAGAAAAGCUACAUGGCUAGACGAUACAGAGAGGAGAUUGUCCGAUCUAAAAAGAAGGAGGAUAUGAUAAGACGAUAUCGCACAGAUCCUGUAUUUCAGAAAAAAAAGAGAGCAUACAUAGUCCGGAGGUACAGUACAGAUACUGCCUUCCAGAAGAAAAUGAGAACGUACAUGGUCCGAAGGUACAGUACCGAUGCUGUCUUUCAGAAGAAAAUGAGAACGUACAUGAUGCAAAGGUACAGUACCGAUACUGUCUUUCAGAAGAAAAUGAGAAUGUACAUGAUCCAAAGGUACAGUACCGAUACUGUCUUUCAGGCAAAAAUGAGAGCGUACAUGGUCAGGAGGUACAGUACCGAUACUGUGUUUCAGAAAAAAAUGAAGGAUUACAUGAAGAGGAGGUAUACAAAUGACUCUGAAUUCAGAAAACAUCACAUUCUCCGAUGUACCCUCCACAAGAACCAGAAGCUUGCUAGUGAUGCUACAUCACGUAUUCUUCAUCAGUUGCAAUGUGCACUGAGGAUUAAAAGGAAAUAUAAGAUGUACAUCCGCUCCAGCCAUGAAACAGCCCAGCCAACAGUCAGCAAAGUGAUGGAAAGUGCAAUUCAAGCAUUCCAGUGUAAGAUCCAGCAAGGUCCUACAUACGUCUGCACUGUUUGUCACAGAGCCCUCUUUCCAGACCAGGUCAAGGCCUGUGACCGGUCAAACUACGAAAAAGAUGUUCAACUUUCAUCAUUUUGCUUGACCAAGCAGUAUGUACAUACUUGCGACAGUGCCUGCUCAGAUGAUUGCACUGUUCCAGAGGAAAGAAGACGGGAAUGGAUCUGCCACACUUGUGACAGCCAUCUUAAAAGAGGACACAUGCCUUCAAUUGCAGCAGUAAACAAGCUUGAACUGCCACCUAUCCCUGCAGAAUUGGCUGAGUUGAAUGUACUAGAACGUCAGCUUAUCGCAAAAAUCUUGCCUUUUGCAAAAAUAGUUGCACUGCCCAAAGGACAACAGAGAGCAGUUCACGGUGCUGUUGUGUGUGUGCCUUCGGAGGUGGAGAACACUGUAAACUCUCUGCCAAGACCAAGAAGCGAGUCCCAGCUCCUACAGGUCAAGCUGAAGAGACAUGUCAGUUUUAAAGGAUACCAGCACUUCCAUACUGUAAAUAUGCACAGCGUGCUGGCAGCUUUGUCUAAGCUGAAGGAAAUGCAUUCAGAGUACAAGGAUAUCUCCAUAACAGAGCCUGAGGUAUCUGAAGAUCAGUUUGACGAAGACAUUGAUGCAGCAGAGGAUAACCAAGAAGUUGGCCAUUCUGAGCAGGAGGAGCAACACGUUAGUGUGGAGGAAAAAGACGAACUUAGACCCGGUCUCACCUUAGAUACGUGCAUGCAGCCACCAGACAUUGCACAGGACAUCUUGUCUUACGGUGAAGGGAUCUUUAGUAUCGCACCUGCACAAGGAAAAAAGCCUGUUGGAUUUUUUAAAAUCCCAAAACUGGAAGCCAUGGCAUUCCCUGUCCAGUUCCCCACUGGAGAGAACACAAUUGACGAGGCAAGGCAGACAGCCAUUUCUCCUAGCAUGUACUUCAACGUCAGAUUGUUUUGUGUUGAUGCCCGAUUUGCAAGGGAUCAAAGCUACCUUUUCUUUGCACAAUUUGUGACAGAAACGCAACUGGCAAGAAACAGCAUGUCCAUUCAGCUUCGAAAAGGUAAACCCAUUACCAGAGAUGGCCGAAGAAUCUCCAAUAGGAUGCUUCAGGAUUCCGAUGAGGUUGAGAGACUUGUUCACAACAGGGAUGCCACACGAUUCAUGCAGCCCCUGAGAGGCUCUCCAGCCUACUGGGAGAAGACGUUGCGAGAUCUCCAGGCCAUGAUUCGACAGCUGGGGACACCUACUUUCUUUUGUACAUUCAGUGCAGCAGAAAUGCGAUGGCCUGAGAUUGUGACUGUAAUCAAAGCUCAACAAGGCGAAGAGAUUGACUUUUCACAGCUUGACUGGGCAACAAAAUGUGAAAUCCUUAGGAGUAAUCCUGUCACUGUCAUGCGCAUGUUUGAGAAGCGUGUAGAUGCAUUAAUGGCUCACCUGCUUUUGUCACCUGCACAACCCAUUGGUGAAGUGGAGGAUUUCUUUUAUAGAGUGGAGUUUCAGGCGAGAGGAAGCCCACAUAUUCAUCUGCUUGCUUGGGUAAAGGAUGCCCCAGAUCCAGAGGAAGAUAAUGAUGAGACAAUAUGUGACUUCAUCGACCGUUACGUAUCGUGCAAGCUUCCAGAUCCCAAUGUUGAUCCUGAGCUUCAUAAGAUUGUGACGGAGGUUCAGCUUCAUAGCAGAAACCACUCAAAGUCAUGCAAGAAAGGCAAGGUGGUGUGUAGAUUUGGAUUUCCAAAACUACCAAUGCCUAAGACCAUGAUCACUCAUCCCAUGCCAGAGCGUCCUGAUGAGGGGGAUGAUGAACCUACUGACUCAGCGGCCAAGAAGAAAGCAAGGCGAGAUGCGGCUAAAAAAGCAAUGAAUGAAGCCAAAUCAAAACUCAAGCCUUUGUGGGAUUUGCUGAAUGAUCCCAAAUCUUCCUUCGACAAUUUGUCAGACCUUCUAACCAAGUGCAAUUUGUCCAUGGACGAUUACCUGAACUACGCUGAAGGACUCACCACUGGCAGUGCAGUUCUUUUGAAGCGUGAUCCAAAGGAGACUUGGGUGAAUGGCUACAAUCCUGAUUUGCUCAGGGCAUGGAAUGCAAACAUGGAUAUUCAGUACAUCCUAGACGCUUACAGCUGCAUCAUGUAUAUGCUGUCCUACGUUUCAAAGCCGGAGCAUGAAAUGAGUGGCUUUCUUAAGAACGUUAUCCAGAGUGUUCGAGAAGCCAACGUUAAUGAAGAGGACGAAAUGAAGCACAUAAUGCAAGCCUAUGCCAAGCACCGGCAAGUAAGUGCUCAGGAGUCCGUUGCGCGAACAUGCAGCUUGCCGUUGAAGAGGUGUUCACGAAGUGUCGUGUUUGUUCCGACAGAUGACGAUGCCCUCAAGAUGAGUCUGCCCAUAAGUGUGUUGCUGAACAAAAAUCCUGAAUCGGAGGACGUCUGGAUGUCAGGUUUAAUAGAAAAAUACAGAGCAAGACCUCUAACGUUGGAGUUUGAAAAAAUGUGUCUUGCGGACUUUGCAUCCAAUUACCGUGUUGUGUACGGUCAGCAAAUUAAAGGAAAAAAUGUCCUCCGACUGCUUCACGAUAUGGGAUUUAUUCAAAAGAGGACUGUUGGCAAGCCUGCAGUUAUCAGAUAUGCUCGCUUUUCAGAGGAGAAGCAACCGGAAAAAUUUUACGGAAGAAUGGUGAAACUUUACGUUCCCCAUCGCCACAAUGCAGAGCUAAAACCUGAGGAUUUUCCCACAUAUCAGCUAUUUUAUAAAAGCGGAUUUGUGGAACUUCCUGGACAUCCUGGUCUCCGGUUCCCUGUCUGCGGCAUAGUAAAGGCAUACCAGCAGAGAUAUGAAAAGCACGGCAAAGUCGUAGAUAAAGCAUUUGAACAACUUCAGCAGGAAGGACCAUCUGAGAGUGCUUGGACAGCUUUUGCACCAGAAGUUGAAGUGGAUCGCCUGGAAUGCAUAGCUGAGCAAGAAGACGUCGGUCCAGAGGAAGACGAACAGGAUGAGGUUCCUGAAUUCCAGCCUCGUAAUGAAGAUGGCGACGGAGUUGCACCACGCAUAGAGGCGCCACAGAUGAGUGUCGAGUUUGUCAGGAAACUCUUUAGAAGUUUAAACAAGACACAGGCAGCCAUAUUUUACACCAUUCGGCAGUGGUGUCAGAACAGAGUAUGGGGACUGAAUCCAGAACAGUUUUUUUACUUCGUGUCCGGUGGUGCUGGAUGUGGAAAGUCGCACGUAAUCAAGUGUGUAUACACUGAAGCAACAAAGAUUCUGCGACAACUUCCUCAGCUCCGGGAGGAUGGAGAUCUCUCCAUUCCUACAGUGCUUUUGAGUGCAUUCACUGGAACCGCAGCGUUUAACAUUUCUGGAAAAACUCUGCAUUCCAUUCUAAAGCUGCCAAAGAACCUGAAGCCACCCUAUCAAGGGCUUGGGAACUCUCUUGAUGAUGUACGAGCUGAAUUACGUCAUGUGGAAAUCUUGAUUAUUGACGAAAUCUCUAUGAUCUCAAAAGAUUUUUUUGCAUACAUCAACUGGAGGUUUCAACAGAUCAGAGGCAGCAAGAAACCCUUUGGGGGCAUUUCUGUCAUAGUGGUGGGAGACUUUUAUCAAUUACCACCCCCAGGAAAAGCCAAGCCACUCUGCGUUUACGAAGAGGAUGUGCUGGACUUUUGGAAAGACCACUUCCAAAUUGUAACCCUCACGGAGAUCAUGCGGCAGAAAGAGGACCUUUCAUUUGCCCAGCUUUUAAACCGACUGAGAGUGAAACGGAAGUCUGAUGCUCUUAAAGAAGAAGAUAGAGCUUUGUUAUUGCAAGCUGUGAAGAAUCCCCAAGACUGCCCACGGGAUGCAUUGCACAUAUUUGCAACCAACAAGGAAGUCCACAGUCACAAUUGUGAGACGGUAAACGCUCUUCAUGCUGACAUCGUAACCAUUGAUGCUGAAGACUACCGAAAAGACCCAAGAACAGGAGGUAUGAAAAGGCAGACUAAACCUGUGAUGGGUAAAAAAGACAACCUGCUUGACACCAUACAAGUUGCAGUGGGAGUCCGCAUAAUGGUAAUUAGGAAUCUGGAUGUCGAAGAUGGACUCGUCAAUGGAUGUUUUGGAAAAAUUGGAAACAUUGUGACUAAAACAAGAGACGGAAUUGCAUUUGUGCACAUGCUUGGAAUUCAGCCCGACAAUCCAAAUGCUGGGCAGAAAUACAGACGACGGCUGCAAGGUGAAGAGGACACUUUAGUCUACAUCGAAAGAUCAGAGGAACCUCUGAAGAAAGGAACAGUCCGUCGACAAUUUCCAAUCAAGUUGGCCUACGCAUGCACCGCUCACAAAGUUCAAGGCAUGACCAUGCAAUCGGCUGUAGUGUCACUAAAGAAGAUUUUUGAGCCAGGAAUGGCCUACGUUGCCCUUAGCCGAACAACCUCACUUGGUGGUUUAUACAUCAGAGACUAUGACGAGAAAAAGAUCUAUGCUGAUCCGGAAAUCACAACCUCGUUGGAGAGGAUGAAAAUGGCAACGCUGGAAGGCAUCAUGCCACUAUUCCACUUGAAGAAAACCAACACCAAUCUGUUAGAAACACUUAUCAUUGUGCAUCAUAACACAGAGGGACUCCAAUCACAUAUAGAAGACAUCAAACACCAUCAUGAGCUGCUUCUAUGUGAUAUCUUUUGUGUUACGGAAACGCACCUCUCCGGAUCAUGCAUCUCAUCACAUGUCCAGUUGGAAGGCUUUAAGAUGUUUGCAAGAAAUAGACAUGCGUCUUACUCAACCCUUCCAGAAAUGGCAAAGAAGGACUGUGGUGGAGUUGCAAUUUAUUGCAAAGAAGACAUCCAGGCGGAACCUCGACACUUUAUACACCACGUCACCGACCUGGAGUUUGUCGUCAUCAAAGUUGAUGCACCAGUGACUGCAACAAUUGCUGCGGUGUACAGGCCACCAGACUUUAGUCUGGGAAAAUUUUUGCCAAACAUCAGGGGCCUUCUUGAUUAUUUGGAAAUGAUGAAGGAGAAUCCCAUAAUUGUCUGUGGAGACUUCAACGAAGACCACCUCUCGCCUGGAAAAAAGCCCAUUCUGGAGUUGUUUCAAUCCCAACAAUACCAACAGCUCAUCACCAUGGCAACCACAGAGAAACAAACACUGUUGGAUCAUAUUUAUGUUUCUCAUCCAGACUUGUGCAUGCAGUCAGGUGUUUUACACACCUACUAUAGCUAUCACAAUCCAGUGUAUUGUGUUUUGCCUAAAUAAUUCAGCCAACAAUCCAAAUGCUGGGCGGACAUGCAUACGCAACUGCAAGGUGAAGAGGACACUUAACUCUACAUCGAAAGAUCAGAGGAAACUCUAAAGAAAGGAGCAGUUCGUCAACAAUGUCCAAUCAAGAUGGCUUACACAUGCACAAAGUUCAAGGCAUGGCCAUGCAAUCGGCUGUACUAUCACUCAAGGAAAUUAUUGCCGUAUUUGCAACCAACAAGGAAGUCCAGAGUCACAAUGCUGAGAUGGUAAACUCUCUUCAUGCUGACAUCAUAACCAUUGAUGCUGAAGAUUAACGAAAAGACCCAAGAACAGGAAGAAUGAAAAAGCAAACUAACCCUGUGAUGGGUAAAAAAGACAACCUGCUAGGCACCAUACAAGUUGCAUUGAUUAGGAGUCUGCAUAAUGCUGAUCAAAAAUGUGGAUGUCAAAGAUGGACUUGUCAAUGGAUGCUUAGGAAACAUUGGAAACAUUGUGACCAAAACAAAAUACAGACUUGCAUUUGUGCACAUGCUUGGAAAUCAGCCGACAAUCCAAAUGCUGGCCAGAAAUACAUACGACAACGACUGCAAGGUGAAGAGGACACUUUACAUCAAAAGAUCAGAGGAAAACUCUAAAGAAAGAAGCAGUCUGUCAACAAUUACCAAUCAAGAUGGCUUACGCAUGCACCACUCUCAAAGUUCAAGGCAUGACCAUGCAAUCGGCUGUCAAAAAUCACAACCUCGUUGGAGAGGACAAAAAAUGGCAACGCUGGAAGGCAUCAUGCUACUUUUUGACUGGAAAAAAAACCAACAACAGUCUGAAAGAAAAGCUUAUCGUUGUGCAUCAUAAAGCAGAGGGACUCCCAUCACAUAUAGAGGACAUAAAACACCCAUCACCAAACAUCAUGGGCCUACUUAAUUAUUUGGAAAUGAUGGAGAAUCCCAUAAUUGUCUGUGAAGACUUCACCAAAGACCACCUCUUGUCUGGAAGAAAGCCCAUUCUGGAGUUGUUCCAAUCCCUACUAUACAAACAGCUCAUCUCCAUGGCCACCACAAAGAAAACGAACAUUGGCCUACGUCUUUGACAUGAAGUCAGUGUGCCACACAGAACCGGGAGACAAAAGACCUGGAUAGAGCCUGAUUAUCAGCCACUCGUCUUUUACUUGGUGGUGUGUGCACAGUUGCGUGAAGGCGGUGUGUCGUACCUGAGGUGGAUGCUGUGUGAUGAGAGUAGAGUAGGGUCAGCAGCAAGGGACAUCAGGAGGAUAUUGUGGCAUCUUCAAAGUUUACAAAGGGCAGUGACAGCAGCAACAGUUGUGGCGAUGCUGGUUCGAGCCUCAGCUGGGUCAGUUGGUGUUUCUGUGUGGAAGAUGCAAGAACAGGAUGGAUGAAAAAGCAAACUAACUCUGUCAUGGGUAAAAGAAGACAACCUGCUAGGCACCAUACAAGUUGCAUUGAUUGGGAGUCUGCAUAAUGU